CCGUGUGAAUGUCAGAGUCCCUGCCAGAGCUGAAGAUGCCAAACUGGGGUGGAGGAGCCAAAUGUGCGGCCUGCAAGAAGACGGUUUACCAUGCUGAGGAGAUCCAGUGCAACAGCCGGAGCUUCCACAAAACCUGCUUCAUCUGCAUGGCUUGCCGUAAAGGUUUAGACAGCACAACAGUUGCAGCACACGAGUCUGAGAUUUACUGCAAAUCCUGCUAUGGCAAGAAAUAUGGUCCAAAAGGUUAUGGGUACGGCCAGGGUGCUGGAGCGUUGAGUUCUGACCCCAUUAAUAAUGAAGAACUUCAGCCUCAGGAGCCCAAAGCUCCCCAUCCUGCAUCUGCUAACUCAAACCCAAGCAAGUUUGCACAGAAGUUUGGGAGUACGGAUCGCUGUCCUCGCUGCUCCAAAGCCGUUUAUGCAGCAGAGAAAGUCAUGGGUGCUGGAAAGCCCUGGCACAAAACCUGCUUCCGCUGUUUACUGUGUGGGAAGAGCCUGGAAUCCACCACAGUGACGGAUAAAGAUGGAGAGCUCUACUGUAAAGUUUGCUAUGCCAAAAACUUUGGUCCAAAGGGGCGUGGCCUGGGGAACCUGGGUGUGGUUGAGGACAAUGAAUGACAAGCUUAGACCAACCCAAUGCAGCCGCUUUUUCCACUGCACACAACAACCGAAUAUGACUGUCAGAAUUUGCCCCUUAGUGGCAGUCCUGAUGAAUUUUUUUGCAUGUUCAGAAAAGGAGCGCAAUAGCAAGAGCAUUUAACCUCUAAAACAUUCACCAUGGUGGAAUAAAUAAAAGUGUGCAAAAAUUUAAUUAUUAAUUAAUUAACUAAAUGAACAAUGUAUUUCUUCUUUAGCAAUAACUAUGCAUUUUGACAAGUUUUAAUGCAUUCAUAGCUCAAUUUGGAUCUGAAAAUUCCACAUUUUCUAUAGGAAAUGAAUGACUUCUGGUCUAUCAAACGCUAUUUGUUGUGUGCAGUGAAAAGCCAGCGUUAUACUUCAAGCUGAAGUGUGUCAGUUCCAAACAGAAUAAAAGAACAAAAGAAAACCCUCCAAAACUCACACCAUUGGUUGAACCAAUGUUCCUGUGUGUGGACUGUGUGGUUAAGCAGUUUAAUGUUGUGAUGGUGCAAAAUGUUUACACUUUUUGAGAACCUCAACCAACCAAUUGCUGACUUAUUUCUCUUCAUGGUAAGUUGGGAAAGGGGAAAAUAUUUUAAUUACACACUUCAGCUUUAGACGUGAUCUUAUGUUGAUGCUAUGCAGCAUAAAAGAAAUGUAUUACAAUUAUAUGAAUCCUAACUACUGUAACUGUAUAUCACAUGUCAUAGCAUAAAAACAUAAAUAAAGAGUAAAUAAAGGAUAAAAUAUGUGUCAUUCAACAUUGAUUCAAAGA